UGGGUAUCCCUGUAUUUUCCCGACCACCUCAACCGUCUCAAUUUCUCACAGACAGUGCAGCAGGAGAUCGCAACACCCGAAAACACCAGUAUGUUCGCCCAAGGAAUACCCCCGUCUGUGAUGUUCCACAACGUCGCCAUCAUGGUCCUUGCCACAAGUUUUCCAUCUCGGUACGAUCUUGCCCAUCACAUCCAAAACACUGGUCUACUGUACAAUAGCUUCGACAGGUGUUCAGAGAAAACGCCUACCCGCGCAACUUCAUUAACCGGUGCUUGCGCAAACGAGCUGGCCAACAAAAUCGCACCAAACCCAACCUUUGGUGAGCGAUUUCACGGAAAACAUUCGGUUACCACGGAGGAAGUGUUCGCAGCCACACUCUUGGAGCAGAGGAAAUCAUCCGAGCACCCAGGCGUUCCGAGAGUCCUGGUGGACAUGAUAAAGGUAUUCCGCCUACAUAGACUGGAGGCCGAGGGACUUGACCGAAUCCUAGGUUGGCUCUCGAAAGUUCGAGAAAUCCGAGAUUUGGCAAAUUUCAAUACUGGCCUGUGUUUUGAUCAGCUCUCAUCAGACCGCCAAUCAUUCGAUAGCCGGGCGAUGUCAUCGGCCAUUAAACACUCUCUGACAGUGUUGCCCGCCAGCCUGUUGGAUGCUGACGUCUUCGCCGCGGCCAUGACAGAGGAUCUCAGCCGGUCCCUGUGGACACCGGUAGGCCUAGCAAUAACCCUCGUGCGAAUGCUAGUUGCCUCGGCGUCUUCUAUUGACUGCUCCGGUGGCAAGAAGGCUGAUGACCGGGAGAGGGGAUGGCGUCUGGUCACACUGAAUUUUGCCAUGCGUCGUUUCCGGGAGGUUGUGGGGCUUCAUGGUAUUAACUGCAUGUCCCCUCGUGCAGUGGCUCUAUCCCUUGCACGUUGUCUCUUCGGCACCGUUUACAAUUCCGAGAUCAACAGUCAGGUGCUGGAGUUCCUAUUUGAGCACUGGCCCCGGGCUGUCAAGUGGUCUACACCGCCGGGGCAGCAACUCGGUGUCCGCAGAGAGUCCACAAUGGUCUUUUUCGGAUGCCUCACCCUAUGCAUGUCAGAAGACGUCAAGAAUGGGGCACAACACAGCACCCACGCUAACCAUGAGAAUGACGUGAACAAUGUGGCUUACUGGAGGUAUCGGCAUCCCGUGCUACACUGUCUACAGGAGAUUGGGAUAGCUGAGAUUGUCUGGAAAAUACAGGGAUAUUCACACCGCAAUCAGAUGAAAACGCUGUCAGCGUCAAUCACGAUCGUAAGCGCUAAUUAUAAACUGUGA